GCUAGGGGGUGGUGCUCACAGCUCAUCAGGCUGCAGCUCCCCAUCUGAUGGAGCAGAGAGAAGACCCAUAUUACACACGGCACCCCUGGACCUGAUAGCUUGCCCGGGAUUUCGGGGAUCCUCUCUCCACACACACUAGUUGCCGGGUUUUUUUCUGCUCCUAUCUCACAAUUUGUCGCCACUGCUGUCACACUCAGACCUUGUGUAUCCACCCCGGUGUUCUUUCACACCUCCAUGGACCCUGUGAUUCCAUCUAAUUCUCAGGUCAGUGCAUUCCAUCAUACCUCCUGGGGUCACACCUAAUCAGUGCCAUUCUCUCAUUCAGCCCGGUGCCAAAACCCACAUCUUGCAUGAGUUGGUUAGCUCUAAAAAUACACACAUGCACACCCACCCACACACCCCCUCCCAUUCUUCCAUAACCUGGCACCUCUGCAUGCCAUCCAUACUGCCUGAGAUCUUCACAUUUCCUCCAUUAAAUCAUCAGUCUGGUCAGAAGGCGGGUCAUGAUAAGUUUUUUUGCAAUACCCAGGAAUAAUAUAUUUAUAUAUGUGCCUUUUAAGACCCAAGUCCAGACAUAAACCCCUUUUAUUUGCACUCUGUUUGUUUUCCUAAUUACCUACCAAACCUUAUUAUAUCUGCUUUCCCUGCUCUUGGGUCUGAAAUAAAUGAAUUCCUAUUUUCUUAAACCUUUUUACUUACUUGCCGUCAAAUCCCCCAAUAUUCCAAAGCAACCAUUAUGAUAAAAUCCCUUUAUGACUAAUUAUAUGUCAGAUCUGAAUUAUAACAUUAAUAUGAAUAUAUUUGAUAAAUAACCUCCUAAUAUUGUGGAUUAUUUCGUUUUUGCAAUAGUUUUUUGUUUUGCUGAAUUCAACUUGGACUUGAGUCUGGAAACCACUUAACUACCCUGGUUCAUGCAAAAUGACCAGGCCUGCCAGCUUGCUAACUACUCAUAUGUCCUCCUUUACACCUUAUUAAUAUUCUCUCCCAUGUUUUCAUUUAUUUUAACAACCGCAAGGGGAUUAAAACAUUUUACCAUUUUUUCCAGAAGUAGUUAUACUUCUUACAACAUUGGGUACCACAAGUUUCAUCUUUGUGCAUCAUCUUCAGUGCUUAUCACUCUCACCAGCCCCUGCCAUCGUAUCCUCAUUUCUUUCACUGAUCAUCUAAGCCCUCCGCCACCCUGCCCCCUCCACUAUCACCAAUACCUGUGGCUUCCUCUUGUCCCCCAUCCCCGGCUACCUCCUCCUCUUCCACCUUGGGGAUGACGGCCGGGGAGUUCACUCAUGGGGGACCAGGAAGGCUACAGCACAGGGGCCCUGGAUGUGCUCUCCGGGGCUGUUAUAAAGCUCUGUCUGUGACUCUGUUGCUAGCGCAAGGAGCAUUGCUUGACCUUUACUUAAUUGCUGGCACUGACCUGUACUGGUGCUCCUGGAUUGCCACAGACCUUGUUGUGGUAGCUGGCUGGGGAAUAUUUUACUUCAAGAACAGCAAGGGCCAGAAAACUAGUCACGGGCCCAUUACCUCCACAGGCUAUGGUCAAGUACAGCGACAUAAGAAAGGGCAAUUCGCUUACAGUCACCUGGCCUGGCUUAUCUAUGCCAUUGCUUUUACCCCAAAAGUAGCUCUCAUACUUUGUACACCCAUAGUAGAUCAGAUUGAAGCUGGAGUACCCCUGGGAAACACAGGGUUUAGACUCACAGUCUCCCUCUCUGUGCCUCUCCUUUGGGCACUUGUCCGUUCACUCAGUAUUGACCCCAGAGGAUGGAUGCAUCAAAGGGCCACUGGCUACUUCCUUGCUUCUUGUUUGGAUCUACUUGAUAGCUAUGCACUUUUGGAGUCCAUGCUGGAAGGAAAACUUCCCCUUACCCCAUUAUUUCGAUACCCACUUCUGGCUGUAUACUUUGUGGCUUUGGUCUCCCCUGUACUGUGGCUUUCUGAAUUGAACUCUGGGUCCCCAGCAGGUUGCUGCCGCAUCUUCCUGAAGCUUCUUUCUGGUUCUCUGGUAGAUGGUCCUCUUCUAGCUGUACGCUGUUUCUUAAUGUUAGGUCCGGCUAGUCAACCAGUCUCUAUCUUCAUGUUGAAGAAUAUAUUUUUCUUGAGCUGUCGUUGGCUUGAAGGGCUUGAACUUUGUUGUCUCCUAAGAGUACCAGGUCCAGACCACGCUGACCGACCACCAGGGCAAUUUAGCCACUGUGUAUCUGAGAAUGACAUGGGUCCUCAUGCCUAUGUCAAUACUCUAGCAGUAACCUCACAGAACUGAACUUUACAACACGUCUACCAUCUAUGUAUUUUCCCUGUAAAUAUGUGGUUGCAUGAAACCUCUGCUACAUAUUCUUCUACCCCUAAAUUCAUUUUUAUUUAGUUUACACAAGCAAACCGUCCCUCCGGUCUAAGAGAAAGCUUAAAUAUUUUCAAUGAACUGUCCCAAUUUUCUACAAGCAGAAAACAAAGAUGGCUGCUGAAUUGUCUUGGUUAAGAGACUUUCCUGAUUUAAACUAAUUCCCUUGCACAAUAACUGUUCUAAGUUAAUUUUAAAGUUUCAGUAUCUCAACAACCCAGGUGUCUAUGUAGUAUGAAGUUAUGGGAUUUCCAGAGAUUUUUUUUCUUUAAGGUAAUAUUCCUACUCUAUGUUACCAUUUCAUGCCUUGGUUGAAGUAGAGUUCUGCACCACAACAUCAGGCUGAUACAUUAUCACAACGAAGAGAACAGCUGGGAACUGUGCAUCUCUUGAUAACUCUCCUGUGCCUCAUUAUCAACUCAAACUGCCAAGUCGUCAAAGACAGAGUAAGUUCAGAGUUCUCUUUAAUAAGUUUACUUAGGCUUAUUUGGCAUUGUAUCAACUGACUUAAAGGGAAGGUACAACUACCAUGAACUUAACAGAGCACUGUAAUGGUUAUGUUGCCAGGAUCGCCCUUGCGACCCCUCAUUGUAAGUAGCCAAACCGUUUUAGAGGCCUGCUGGGUGCUUCCCCUCACCUUCCUGCAGGAAGAAGUGAGAGCCAAAAGCUCCUGAAAGAGCUUCAUAUAGCUCUCCUAGGAGCUAAGUGCAGUGCAAGGCUAGCUAAGUGGCUGAAAGCAUCAGCUGAUUACACUUGGCUAAUGAGUUAAUCCCUGCACUGCCAGACUCUGCUCAAAUAUAGUUUUCUACAAUGAUUUGACUAUUUAGAAUAGACAGUUUCCAUGGGCACUCCUGGUCCAUAACGGAUGCUUGGUGGAUUCUUUUAACAUAUUUCCAGGUAUAGGGAAGGUAAGUAAUUGCUUUACUUUGAAAAAAAUCAACCUCUGUGUCUAUGUGUUUUGUGCAACUUCACUUUAUCAAGUCUUCUUAAAAGACUUGGAUACAUAAACAUAAUAUUAGCAAUGCUGGUAUGUCCCCUUUAAUUAAUGUUUUAUCACUUUCAGGUUUCUGAGAGCAAAUUAGUUGCUAUUGGAAAUUAAAUAUUGAUUAUUUACUUCCCAUAUUACACACACAUACAUAUAUAUAUAUAGCUUUGAAAGCUUGAUUUUUAGUUAGUUAUUUAUUAAUUUUUUCCGAAAGAAGGUGAUUUAGUUGGAGAAGGUUUUUUGCUGUUGGCACAUACUUGUCUUUAAAACUGGAACACAAACCGGGCCUUUAUUAUGCGUGGGAAGCAGUAUCUUGUGUUGAUGAAUUAAACUUUGGGGGGCACAGAUGGCUUGUAGGAGGCUGGUAUCCCACUGUUCGCAUUCUUCUUGUUUUUUACAUUUAAUAUCAAGGAAACAUAUUAUGUUGUUUAGAAAUAAUCCCUGCGCUCAAACUCACGCUACUCUUGGACAGGAGAAAUUGCAAUCAUUUUCAUCAGCCCAAAUCUAUAAAUAAAACUGAAAGAAAUAAUACUGUGCACUAUACCAAAUCUCUGCUUUUGUAUUACACACAGCCACGUUCUACCACCACUCCACAAAUGCCCUGUUAAGCGCUAGGUUUUUAGAUAUUUUUAAAAUACCCCUUUCUCUCUCAUUAGAUAUUUUGCCGUUUAGUUGAAAGCAGCAAAGUGAAUUAUGUAGUGUUAACUGACUGUCAUUCUUCUAAUUAUUAUUAUUCAUAUUUAUAAAGUGCCAACAAGUUUUGCAGCGCUGUACAAUGGGUGGACUAACAGACACAUAUUUGUAACCAGACCAGUUGGAUGCACAGGAACAGAGGAAUUGAGGGCUAUUCACUUUGGCCAAUGGCGCUGCCGAAUCUUGACUUAUAUGUCCAGCAUUAGAAUGUUUUAUCUAUGUAUGUGCAGUGUUUCUUACUGAAAUUUCAAAGCACCAUGCCACUGAAAAUCACAGAAGUGGUUAUGGUGCUUGGAGUAACCAUUUAAAUGUUUUAAGCUGGGAUUUAUGUAUCAUGUAGUCUAGCUUCAGCUGUACAGCCUGGGGGUGUGAUGUCACUUCUCACACUAUCCAGGGAAACAUACAGGACAUUCACUAACAAGGUUAAAGAUAAAGCUAAAGUGAGAAGUGAAUUCAAAAUGGAUUUCAAGUUUAAAGCCAAAAUAGACAAACUGGACACAGAAUAUAAUGUUUUGGUUUUGGCUAUUUUGGCCUAAUUUCUGAAAUUCUAUUUAAAUUCCUUUCGAUUAUCACGUGUUAAAUCUUAAUUGUAGAAAAUUGCAAUUUCUAAUAAUAAUAAAGGAGCACUAUAGGGUCAGAAACGCUAGGGUCAGGAACACAAACAUAUAUUCCUGACCCUAUAGUGUUAAAACCACCAUCUAACCCCUCUGCCCCCCCUUGCUCUCCCUAAAUUUAGUAAAAUCUUACUUGUGUUUAACUCUGCAGCUGCUGGCUCUGCCCCUGAUCUGCCUGUUUGGCUGCCAUCAUCAGAAGUGAUUCUGUGAGCCAAUCACAAUACUUUCCCAUAGGAUUGGCUGAGACUGUCAAGGAGCUGAGCUGAGCCAGUGAGCUGUAGUGGUUAUUGUGCCUGGAUUAUUUCUAUAAAUAACCAUGUGCCCCUCCCGAGAUUGGGUUCUGGAUCAGCCCCUGGGUUAGGGAGCAGGGCUGUAAUAGAGGAAAAGGGCUGCAAAUGGGAAUGUAGGAACUGCAGUGGAUGGGAUUGGGGCUGUAGUAGCAUCCUUCCAUCCAUGUCACCCCCAAUUCCAUCCAUGUCUCUUUCCCAUGUCUCACUCCACCCAUGCCGUCCAUGUCUCUCUCUCCCCCCAUUCCACUCAUGUCUUUCCCAGAUGUCUCCCUCCCCCUUACAUCCAUGUCUCUCCCCCCUUCCAUCUGUCUCCCUCCCCCUUCCCUUCAUGUCUCUCCCCAUGUCUCCCUCCCCCUUCUAUCCCUGUCUCUCCCCCCCACUUUUAUCCAUGUCUCUUUACCUUCCCUUUUAUCCAUGUCUCCCUCCCCCACUUCUAACCAUAUCUCCCCCCCAUGUCUUCAUUCACAAACAGCUAAGGGUAGCGCCAGCUCGUUACUGUCACAUACAGAUUGGAACCCACUCCCUGCUCUUUUACCUGUUAUGGCAGAGAAGGGGCUCCUUUAAGUCUGGUGGCGCGCUGUUUCGACUGAGCGCUGGGUAGUCAUGUGACUAUUGAACUCUCUCGCUCUCAAAAUAAAAAAUUGAUUACCAUGAUUUUACAUAGAAUCCAGGGGGCAUUUAUUAAAAUACGGAAUAUUCCCGAAGUGCCCUGGAGAGUUGAGAUGUCUGCAAUCAUGUUCACAUCACUACACCCAUAAGCACACGCCUCAAACUAUACACUAUAUUACUGCUCUUUUUGCUGUAACUUAUCUGAUGAGUGCAGGUGGAGAGUGUUUAAAAACAGCCUUCCUCCAUUACUCACAGACCUACAACAAGAUAUGAAGCGCUGGGCCCCUCAAUAUAUAUCCUGGUUCGGACGCAUAAAUGCCAUUAAAAUGAAUGUCAUGCCCCGUAUAUUGUACCUGUUUCAAACGAUCCCGGUCACGGCCCCGCGGAACUUCUUCCAAACGUUGUCGUCCGCCUUUAAGCAGUUCGUAUGGAACCAGAAACCCGCCCACAUACGGCAAUCGAUCCUGGAGCGCCCUAGAUGUGAGGGAGGCAUGGGCUUGCCUUCAGUCCUCACUUACUACCGGGCUACACAUCUGUCUCGGUUUGUGGAUUGGCAUGCAGCCCCUAGCGGGAAACAGUGGGUAGACAUGGAAAAGCAAAAGGCGGGGGGAGGUAAAAUCCCGUUCCAGUUGUGGCUAGGGGAUGCCACGUUUCGGGAACUUCGAACGGGCAACCCGUUGGUGGAUGCAACUCUGAAGGUAUGGUGCGGCAUCCGGUACUCUCAACAACUAACGUCAUCGCCGAAUCCACUUAUGCCCGUGACGCAUAACCCGAGACUUGCGGGGGGACUCUCCCCGGGGGAUCUGAGGAACUUUGGGGCCACGGAUUGGACAUAUCUGCAUCAAUGGUGUAAUGGACCGAUCCUUAAACCGCUGGCCGAUCUACUCCAAGACCGCGGACCCAGCGUCCUGGACAACUUUCGGUACCACCAGCUUACAACCUAUGUAACCUCGUUGGCUGGGAAGGCUCACCUUCACCGCCCACUGACCCACUUCGAACAACUUUGUGUCGCCAGACAGCAUCUCAUACAUGGCAUAUCGCAACUAUACUCCAUGCUGCAGAGUGGUGGGGACCAGUGCCCCUUAGGUUUCACGGUACGGUGGGAAACGGAAGCAGGGGUCGAGCUAUCUACUUCAGAAUGGCAAAAGAUCUUCCAAUUGACGCACAGGGGGACCAUCUGUUCCAAAUUCCAGGAGUGCAACUACAAGAUACUGUCGCGUUGGCAUAGAACCCCGGACAUCCUUCGUCAUGUCCAUGAGUCCAUCUCAGGGGAGUGCUGGAGGUGUGGAGAUGCGGAUGGUUCUGGGAUCCAUAUCUGGUGGUCGUGCUCUCGCAUUGAACCUUUCUGGCGAGCGAUACACCAAGGGAUCAAAGACGUUACUGGGACGGACGUCCCUUUCCAGCCGCUGCCGAUGCUACUGAACCACACGAGCAUGCCAAUUACCGCCUACAAAAAGGGUCUGGUGAUACACCUUCUAACGGCAGCAAAAUCUCUCAUCCCCACAUUGUGGAGAAGCCAGGUAGCCCCUUCAUUCCGCCAAUGGAUAGAGAGGGUGGAAAUGAUUUACAAUAUGGAAUUGAUGACUGCGUCUCUGCAGGGACGCUCUGAUAAAUGUGCCUUGACAUGGUUUCCAUGGAUGGAGUAUACGGCCAGGGGGGCCGCGGGGGAUGCCCGGACCGGGGAUGGUGUUGCACCCGCACCGGCACAGCUCUCCCCAUCCACAACGAUUUGACUGAGACCCGUGGUACCUUUCAGCUGGGUGGGGGGUGCAUUUCCCUAUCCUUAUGACUACGACCUCCCUUCCCGAUCCCCUCCACACUUCCCAGACGGAUGACAAAUGGACGCUUAUACUAGAGAGUAGGCCCACAAGUUCACUUAUCCACUUGCCAAGAGCGUGGUAGUAGAUGCAACAGGUAGUUUAGAAUUCCCACCUCACGAGGUAGCAUGUAUAGCCGCGCUCCCCACGUCCCACUUUUCGCAUCUGUUCCAGGUGUUCCCUGGUAGUCUCAGUAAGGGGGCCUUGGUUGUCGCUCAGAUAUCUGUGUUGUCUAAGUUCUAGUUCUAUAUAUCUGUGUGGACACUGUCAAAUAUCCGACUGUACUGGCGGCUUACGUGGAAUAUUGUGUCUUUUCUUCCUUGCCUGUGUAAAGGUUGCUAAACUUGUUUGAAUUUGUGUGUUGUUCUAAACGUGCUGUAUUAAAUAAAUGGAAAAAUAAAGAAUGUCAAAAAAAAAAAAAACAGCCUUCCUACCCCCACCCCAAGAAAAAAUAUAAAAUCCCCCAGUCACUAUACUGUCUACUCCUUAUGUGCCGUUGCAAAGGAUGUGGAGUCUAACCCUGGUCUCCAGUUGAUUUCAAUUCUAGUCUCCCUGCCAAAAAAGGCCUCUCCUUUGUGCACUGCAACAUCCACAGAUUGCUCCCUAGACUGCAUGCACUACAAGCCUGGUGUUCCCAUUACAAAACAAAAAUCAUUGUGCUCUCAGAAUCAUGGUUUACAACAAAAAUACCUGACUCCGCCAGAGCAUAUUCACAGAACAAAGAGAGGCGGAGGCAUGUUGACAAGUCCAUAAAGUCCACCCCUUAAAAAAAAAAAAAAAAAAAGCAUAGCCACCUUUGAUUUCCUUUCUGGUACAUUUGAGAUCCCUUUCAGUAAAACUAUCACUGUUGCUGGAAUCUACCACCCACCUAGCUCUCUGAUGCAUUCCCUUUCUGACAUAACCCAACUUCUUAGUAGCUUAAAGGGACACUAUAGUCACCUGAACAACUUUAGCUUAAUGAAGCAGUUUAGGUGUAUAGAACAUGCCCCUGCAGCCUCACUGCCAUUUAGGAGUUAAAUCCCUUUGUUUAUGAACCCUAGUCACACCUCCCUUCAUGUGACUUGCACAGCCUUCCAUAAACACUUCCUGUAAAGAGAGCCCUAUUAGGCUUUCUUUAUUACAAGUUCUGUUUAAUUUAGAUUUUCUUAUCCCCUGCUAUGUUAAUAGCUUGCUAGACCCUGCAAGAGCCUCCUUGAUGUGAUUAAAGUUCAAUUUAGAGAUUGAGAUACAAUUAUUUAAGGUAAAUUACAUCUGUUUGAAAGUGAAGCCAGUUUUUUUUUUUCUUGCAGGCUCUGUCAAUCAUAGCCAGGGGAGGUGUGGCUAGGGCUGCAUAAACAGAAACAAAGUGAUUUAACUCCUAAAUAACAGUGAAUAGAGCAGUGAAAUUGCAGGGGAAUGAUCUAUACACUAAAACUGCUUUAUUUAGCUAAAGUAAUUUAGGUGACUACAGUGUUCCUUUAAAAGUGAACUUUUGGUUUUUGGAGAUUUUAAUGUUGAUUGGCUGCAUCCUAAAAAUAAUAAAUCAUGUUCGCUGUGUAAGACUUUGCAGCUAACACAAUUAAUUUCCUCUCCAACUCAUAUUAAUAUGAAAAGCUCUAACCAUACCCACCAUACCCGCUAGAUUAGAUUUUCUUGUUCUGAUAGAAUCCAGGAGGUGGGUGUUCUCCCCAACAGUUUCAGUGACCACUGUCUACUCUAGUGUACUGCAUAUGAUAAAUAAAGGCCACUAAAUCCCCUCCCAAGGUUAUAAUCGCUAGGUCUUUCAAGAAAUGUAAUUUUGAAUACUUUCUAAACGAUCUGAAGAACCUACCAUGACACAGAUUAUGUCUAAUCAUAUAGAGAAAUUCAAUUUUAAACCUGCGCCUAUUAGUGUCCUUAAUAAAUAUCUUAAUAAUCUAAAAAUGAAAAACCAGUGUGGACCAGAUCAAAUCCCAGCAAUGUUGCUGAUGCUUAAUGCGCCAGCAAUUACUAAGCCUGUCACUACCCUUAACAACGAAUCCCUGGUGUUAGGAUACAUACCCAAACUUUGGAAGACUGCAAGAGUAGUACCAAUCCAUAAACGUGGUGACAAUACUUUGGUAUCUAAAUAUUGUCCAAUGUCAUUGCUUCCAGUAUUGUCAAAAAUGUGUUCACACGCAGCUAAGUGAGUAUUAUCAAGAAUCCUACUAUAUGACCCCUGAUCAAUUAGGCUCUUGUCCAAAUCACUCAACUACAACUGCCCUUUCAUAAGUUUGCAAUGACAUCCAAACUGGCAUGGAACAAUUAAACUUAACUGGAACUAUUUUCCUUGAUUUUGCCAAGGCCUCUGAGUUUUUAAGUUUUUUGCAAAAGACUGUCAUGUUCUACUGUGUGUAGACCAUGGCAGUCUUUUGUAGAAAACAUAAAAACUCAGGUAUUGGUGAUGGUCGCGAACAUGGGUUCGAUCUUAUGUAUCAGAUCGGUCUCAACAUGUGUCCUUUUCUGAUAGUACCUAAAUUACAUAAAUUAAAAAAAAAACAAUUAUGUAUCAGAAAUUCAAAUUCAAAUAGCACACUGACCGCAGUCUGUUUGUUCAAAUAUCUAGGUAUGUUGCUAGACCCAAUCCUUUUGCCUUCACAUUGAAAAUCUUUGUCCAAAACUAACUGCCCUGUACAGAAACAAAUCCUGCCUAAGCCCUGCAGUAAGGAAACAGACGGUGCAAUAAAUGCUAAUGCCAGUCAUUGAUUAUGGGGAUGUAGUGUAUGCACCUGCGCUGUCAACCCACCUUCGUAAAAUUAAUAUGUUGCAUAACUCAUUAUGCUGCUUUCUACCACAAUGUAGUUACAUGACCCACCAUUGUGACAUGAUAAAAAAAACUAAACUAGCUAUCGCUGGAAUCCAGAUGCACCCUUCAUCUUUCCAGCCUUGUGUUUAAGAGCUUUUAUAGGGAAGCUCCUGCCCUACCUGAGUAGAAUGCUGUUCCCACCUCCUAUGACCUCCGAUCCAAUACCAACACUGUAUUUAGAAUACCGCAGGGCUUGACAAAUUUGCUUUGAAUUUGCUUUGGAGCACGGUAAAAAACUUUGGAGCUGUUUUUUUUUCAAAUUACAAAAAUACAAUUCUUAUAGGAACACUAUAGUUACCAGAACCACUAUAGUGCAGGCUUUUCAACAGACACCGAUAGACAUGUACACGCACUCACUGACUGACCUACAUUCUCUUACACACUAACAAAAUAUUAUUUUUUUAUUAUUAUUUGAUACAGACAAAUAUACAUACAGACAGAUAUACACACACAUACAGAAAAAAACCAAACAUAUUUUAGCCACCCUCCUGUUUCCUACCUUGUGAGCACAUGAGGAUGGCUUUCUUGGGAACCAGUGGGACUAGACAGCAGCAGGUUACAGUGGGGCUGGAUGCGGCUGAUGGGAAUGGGCUGCCACUGGUCCAGAUUCCCUCUCCUGUCUCUUUAUCACCAGGCAGCUUUCUGUGCGCCAGGAGAAAGUGAAGGGUACUAAACUAAUUUCUCCUGGAAUGAAGGUGGGCGUACAAGUGAGCGGGCGGCUCUACAGAAUGGGGUUUGCGGGCAGCAAGCAAAGAUAUCUUAACCCGGUGCUCUGCAAGCUUGCCAUUCCCCUGUUACCUUCACUUCCUCCAAGCGCGCAAAGGUGAGAGACAGGAGAAGAAGGGAACGGACUGACAAAUCCCAGGCCCUGGUAAAAAACAAUAAAAAAAAUAAAGUGAGCUCGAUCCUCAUUUUCCUACAGAGCACUGCAAUAAUAGAAUAACCCCAUGGACACAGUCAAAUCUUCCUCCACACUAAAAUUCUUUUAAAGAUCUAUGGCAACAUACCUCAAUACAGAAUGCACCUGUAAUCAUGGUUGAUUAUAUUUCUUACCUGUUCUGUGUUAAAUUUAUAUAUGUGUGUGUAUAUAUAUAUAUAUAUAUAUAUAUACAUAUAUAUAUACACAUACACACACACAUAUAUAUAAAUUUAACACAGAACAGGUAAGAAAUAUAAUCAACCAUGAUUACAGGUGCAUUCAGUAUUGAGGUAUGUUGCCAUGUUAAAUAUAUAUAAAUCCAAAGAGGUAGCAGCACUCACGGAACAUAAAAGUUCAAAUCUUUAUUAGGUCAUAUUAAAAGUCACGAUCAACAUUUCAGUCCUCUAUAUGGGACUUUCCUCAGAUCAGGUUGUAUUGAUCCUGAGGAAAGUCCCAUAAAGAGGACUGAAACGUUGAUCGUGACUUUUAAUAUGACCUUAUAAAGAUUUGAACUUUUAUGUUCCGUGAGUGCUGCUACCUCUUUGGAUUUUUGGAUAACCAAGCCCUGGCUGAGCACCCGGCAAACAAGGGAUUCCUACAGCAUGAGUUUUUUGUUUUUCUUUAUAUAUAUAUAUAUAUAUAUAUUGUAUUUAAAAAAAAAAAUGUGUGUGUAAUAUUAUAUUGUACCCUAUUGUAACAAUGCAGUGUGUGGGCCCAGAACAUACUUUAAAAUUAGAGAAAUCUCAAUGUAUCCUUCCUGGUAAAAUAUUGUAUAAAUAAAUAAUCUAUACAUGUAUUUACAGGUAUCUAAAGGACUCAGAACUGUGCCACACAGAGCCUAAUUGCAGUCACAAUGCAGUACAUGUCUCUGGACCUAACAUUCUCGGAAUGUCUUGAUCCAAUUCAAAACAGGUGGGAAUAGAAAACACUCUCUGAAUUGGACCCCUCUGUUUACUCUGCAUGGAAGACUAGCACUGCUUAGGUAAUAAAUAAGAUGAAACCCAAAGACUCAGUGGUGGUGUCACCACGAAGCUUCUACAGCAACAAAACAGAUCGUUACAUCGUUUAUUAAUGUAUCCAACCAGACUCUCCUAUUUCCACACUACUAGAAUACAUAUUUUUUUCCAAUGAGGUAAUUUUAUUAUUGGGUCUCCAUAGUUAAAACAAAUGAAGGCAUCCAUAGUCAUAUAUCAUACCAUUUUAUAAACAAUUUAUAAAUGUUCUAAGAAAUGCAGCAUUAUCUACUUCUCUGUUUAUUUCAUUUUUGCAUAAGGCUCUCAAUUUAUCCCUGUCAAAGCUCAUUCUAGACAUUUAUAUAAGUGCCUAGAAAGGAGAUGGAUUAAGCACAUUAUUUUAUUUCACUGUGGUAAACAUUAUUAUACAUGGGCUUUUUCCUUGAAAGAUAAAAAAAAAUAUAACUAAUUAAGAUUACAUGAACUUAGCUUUGCAGUUUGUUAGUAGGCAGCAGGACCAAAUGAUAUUAUUUAUAAAGUGCCAACAUAAGAUACGGUAAUAAUACACAACAGUGAGUUCAACUACAGCUUAAUGUAACUGUUCUGGUGAGUAUAGUCAUUCCCUUCAGGCUUUUUAUUGCAACCACUGUCUUUUCAGAGAAAAAGCAGUGUUUACAUUACAGCCUAGGGAAAAAUCCAGUGGCUACUCCUCAGAUGGCUGCUAGAGGUGCUUUCUGGGGCAGUGCUGCACACUGUGCAGCACUGCCAUUCCGUGUCUCCACCCUCUGCAUUGAGACACUGAGCUUUCCUCAUAGAGAUGCACUGAUUCAAUGCAUCUCUGUGAGGAGAUGCUGAUUGGCCAGGGUGAUGUUUGGCUCUGUUCCUGGCCUACCUCCUUAGCAAUCUCAGCCAACCCACUUUUUUCCUAUGGGAUACUAUUGUGAUUGGCUCAUGGGUCAUCACUUCUGACAAUGUCAGCCAAGGAGGCAGAUCAGAGGCAGAACCAGUACCAGCAGACUGGAAUACAUGCUACAUUUUACUCUAUUUAGGGGGGCAAGUGGGGGAGGGGGUAUAUGGUGUUUUUAAAACUAUAGGGUCAGAAAUAGUUUUUGUUCCGGAGCUUAUAGUGUUCCUUUAUCAUCAGUGGAAAUUAUUUUAGUAUCCAUAUUGAAGUGGGUAAACAAAUUUAAAAAUAUUCUGAAAAGAGUUUUUAUAUUAUUUGCAUGUACCCAGACUAUAGCAACCAUAGUUGUAAUAACCAUAUGAAGAUACAACAUUUUUUUUCUCAAUGUGGAGGUGGCCAUCUGGACAUUUCAUCACAGUGUUUAACCCUCUUACAACCUAAGAAAGUUAUCAAUUACAAAAUAUUAAAGAAAUUGCUGAUAAUCACAUAUGAUCAACAGCAGCAGUCAAUCAGAACAUAAGCUGUGCUGAUUUGCACACAGAAUUCUCACAUGAUAAGGAGAAGAUGAUGUGUUUGAGUUGCAUGGUGGCACAGAUUGAUCACAAUGCCACAGUGCAAAAUAAUUGAAGACAGGAUUUAUAUGUUAAAUAAUGUUCAAAAAACAAGGUUUGGGUAAAUAGUUUGAUGCUGCCAAGAAGCAUCCUUAUCACUUCUCUAGCUAUUCUGUUACCACAAUGCAAUAAAAUAGACUUUUGGUGUACCUGCAGACUGUGAUAAUUAGAUAGCUUUAUGCACUACUACAAAAAAUACAAGGUUUUUCACUAAAUUGUUAAUUGUCAGAAAGUAAAAUUGAUUUUUUUUUUUUCACUUAGAACAACACAAUCAGUUUGGAAAACGUAGUAAGCUAUAUUUUUCAGUUCAGCUGCAACCCUGGAUGUAAACUACAUCAAAAUGACCUGUUUUUUAACCCCUUAAGGACACAUGACAUGUAUGACAUGUCAUGAUUCCCUUUUAUUCCAGAAGUUUGGUCCUUAAGGGGUUAAAUAAAACAUACACAACAGUCUUACAAUAGGGAAUGUUCAGAGAGCAAUUAAGGCCCCAUGGAAUCCAAGGCAGGUUUUUUGGUUUGGGCCCCCAUUUCAUAAUCACAUAGGGAUGGAUUAUGGGGCCAAAAAAAAUUAGUGGUUCCGGGGUCGCUGUCUAACCCCAGGGCAAUAAAUGAAAAAUCAUCAAAACACUGGGAUUGUUCUGUUUUAUCAGUGUGUGAAUAUCAUGGAAUGUACAUAGGUCUUACUAAACUAUGGAUGGUAUUUGCAAACGUAUAUUCUAGUCUACCUCGGCUGAAUCAUUCAAGCUAGCCACAUUCCAAUAGUCAGUGAAGGGGUUGUUCUCUGUGGUGCUAAUUUCCUCAAACAUUCCAAAGGGAUAUAUUAUAACACAAUGUCAUCUUUUGGACAACAGAAGGUUCUAUGAAAGAUUUCACAUGGAUCAUUUGUGUUUUCUAGUGGCAUGCCUUUUUGGGUGCCAACAAUGCAAUUAGUGGCAGCUAUAUGGGUUUAAAUACAUUACUGAACUGCACACAUUCUAACAAGCUUGUUUUGCAGUCCUAGGGGUUUCUAUAUGUAGACAAGAUGAAAAUAACACGUGCUUAAUAUUAUUUAUAAAGUGCCAGUAUAUUCAGUUGUUCUGUACAAUAUGAGUGGGUAACAAUGGUUCUACAUUAUAUAUUGUAUAAGACCCAAAACAUUUUGAGCAGUAAAGACCGUUCAAAUACAAGACAUUUGCAUUUAAUUAUUUAAUAAUGCGUGAGGUAGGUCAUGCUUUGAAAUUAUAUGUUGCCCAGAUAACUCCCUGUAUCUCCUCGGAUUGGAAAGUUCUGGGUACAGCUCAGGCCACAUAAAUCAUUUUGGAGUGCUGAAUUCUUACUAAAGGAUGCAGGUGAAGUAAGAUCACAACCGUUGACUGGACAGUAGGGUCCAAAUUUCAAACAAUAUUGAAAUGUUCAAGAGAUAUUCACUUUCAAUCACUUCAGUAGGACUUGGCAUGACCAUUGUUGUAGUUAAAGAUGAACUUAAUGAACUGUGUUUGCUGAACAUACCUCAAAGUGCUCAAAAGAUCUGAUGUAACAAUAAUAAAGGGACACUCCUGACCACUAAUGCACUUUAGCUUGGUGAAAAGCGUUAUUUGAAAAGUGUGUCAUAUAUUUUCACUUUUGAAAAAGUGCAGAUUUAAAUAGAAUUUGACACGUUUUUAAGUUUUUUGCAAAAGACUGCCAUGUUCUAGACCAUGGCAGUCUUUUGCAGAAAACGUAAAAACUCAGAUCUUAAUGGUUACACCCCUUGGCUUUUCAAUCAGACAAAAGGUCAUGUUAUUUCCUGGUUUGGUUAGUUUAGUUGCCCUAAACUCAAGAGGCAACAAUGGCCUAUAGCACCUGCCUAGCAAAGACUUCUCAUUGAAUGGCAUUGAGAUGUUUGUGAUUGGACAGCCACAGAAAGUCUGGGAUGCGUUAGGAGGGGAGGGCUUGCAAAGGCAGCAGACAAGAGAACUGCAGUUUCUGCAAGCUGUUUUUAGAUAUAACUCCAAUAAAAAAUGCAUAAUUAAAUACAUGCAUUUAAAUGGUGAUUUUUAUUUAUUUAGUAUUUGUGCAGUGGAGUGUCCCUUUAACUAAAGUUUGGGCUAAGUGGAAACUGCUCGGACUGUAUCAGCAUCUGCUUCAUUAAUAAAAUAGGUGCUGAUGUUAAAUAUAAAGGGCAACUUGGCAUUCUCUUCAUUUGAACCUUAUUUGUCAACAUUCUAUCAGUUUAGUCAAAUCCUAUUCUAUUCAUGCAUGCCUGCAAUUCAUCUGUCAUGAAUGAGUUAAGUAUUUAACACAUAUACCUAUUAUUCCUACACUACAAGCACUGCUGAACUCUGUAGAAUUAAUAUGCUAACUUCAGCAGUUCACCAUAAGCAUUAUGCUGAGUUUAGUAAUAUUUGUUUUGUAACAUUAAUACAGCCUUUAAUACUAUAUGUAAUGUGUUACUUGAUUAAGUUUUUACCGUGGUGCAUCUGAAAAAUGAAAUAUCUUCUGUUAAAGGGCUGUCCUCUGGACAAUUCCCAUUGGUAUAUCUGAUUGUCAAUGCAACAACACACUCAGGAUUUAUCUCACAAACCUGGUAAAAACAAAAAAGGGCUGUACUUCAGGGUUUUUAAUCUACAGUGCACAACCUUACUUACCUUGUAAUAUUUCUAAUUGAACAGUCGUCAUGAUUGGAUUAGGGUACAACAUUAAUGUUUAAUUUACUAAAUACAUCAAUGCAGAGGUAUACAUUGUGCACAGUGCAUGCUUGUAAUGUACUAGUGAAUAAUUAAAGUUUUAUUUUUUAACCGUUAUAAGACAUUAUGUGUAAUAUAGAAGAAAUAACUAUUCUAUUGUGUAAACACCGUUUUUGUUUGGUUCAAGUCCAAUUGCCAAAUAUUAGUCACUAGCACUGGAUUUGUAUAGAACUGCAGCUCUUAUAACCUAUGUCUUUUGCUCUACAAUACUAUAAUGGCUAUCAAAAAAAUGCAUUUAAACACCAAAUAAAAUGUAAAAACCAUGUUACAGCUACAGGAUUCUAAAGAAUUUUUGAAAAUAGUCAUUUGACAAAAAAUUGAUGGGCAGUGGUUGAUAUUGACUUCAUACCAUAUAAUGGGACAGAAAAAGUUAACUAGGGAGAACAAAAUACAAAUUGCCUGUAAUUUGAAAUUAUAAAAUGUUUGUGCUUUAUUAUUUAAACCUGCAAGGCAUAUGUUUUUUAGGAUGGCCGUACAACAUUAUAGAUGGUAUUUGCUCCUUGCUUUUAAUUUGAGCUAAGAUGUUCACCAGGAAUUUUGAACUGAACCAAACAAAAGCUUCUCUUUUCAUUUAUGACUCUCGCCCCUCCAUGAUUGUAAUACUGUAUGUUGGUAGUAAUUAAAUGGGGUUUAUUUAUUUGGUGUGUUAUGUGAUAAAAUAUGUGAUAAAUCCUGAGGAAGAUGGUGUCAAAUAAAUCCUUGCUCAGCCUGAGUUUGUGUUAUCUUCUUCUUCAUAUGAUUUGCAUUUUCAUUUUCUCAAAGAUGUCCCGAUCUCUUAACAAUGUAUUUAAAAGCAGUUUUCAAACUGGCCAGAGACCACCGAGUAAAGGAUUAGUACAAAAUAGGAUAAUAGAAAAUGAAGGGGGAAAAAAGUAUAGAUCUAAAGAAGGUUCUAGAAACCUGAGUAAAGUACCAAACAAAGGUAAUUCCUAUACCUCAGUGUCAAGAACCAAAGAUUAUUAAAAUGUUAGUUGCUAUAAAAGUAGAGGACUAGAUAGGAGGUUCUAAAAUUAGAAAAGUAGACCACAACAGUAGAGACUUACAUGUAAAGUUCUAGAGAGUAAAAUGUCAUAAUCUGAAAAAUAUAGAACAGGCCUGAAGAAAAUCGACAGUAAAGAAAAGUGAUAGUAUUUUUCAAGUUUGUUAGCAGCAUUAUUUUCUUGAUAAGCCAUACCCACCCAUGACCCAAUUUUUACUGAAGCAAGUAUUGGAAGUGAUGGUAACCUCUUCUGUUAGAAUUUUCAGCAAAAUGUAAUAGGAUACUUUAAAUGUUAAAACAACUUUAGCUUAAUGAAGCAAUUCUGGAGUAUCAGAGGUAGACAACCUUUGGCACUUGAUGUUGUGGAUUACAUUUCCCCUGAUGCUUUGCCAGUAUUAUGUCUGUAAUAGCAUUCCUUGAGAUUUAGUCCACAACAUAUCGAGUGCCCAAGGUUCCCUACCCUUGGUAUAGACCUUACUCCUGCAGCUUCACUGCCCAAUUCUCUGCAAUUUAAAAGAUAAAUUACUUCUGUUUAUGCAGCCAUAACCAAACCUCCCCUUGUGUCUGAUACAGCUCACAGGCAAAAAUGGUUUUGUUUUCAAUCAGAUCUUACAGCACAUUGUGUUUAACUUUAAUCACAAACAUGAGGCUCUUACAGGCGCUAGCAGACAAUUAAUAGAAAAGGAGAUAAGAGAUAAAUUCUAAAUUAAACACAGUUUAAUGCAGUUUUUUUAAAUUAUAUCUCUUUUUGUGUGUAGGGACAUUGUGUGAGUCGAUACAGCUCACAGGCAAAAAUGGUUUUGUUUUCAAUCAGAUCUUACAGCACAUUGUGUUUAACUUUAAUCACAAACAUGAGGCUCUUACAGGCGCUAGCAGACAAUUAAUAGAAAAGGAGAUAAGAGAUAAAUUCUAAAUUAAACACAGUUUAAUGCAGUUUUUUUAAAUUAUAUCUCUUUUUGUGUGUAGGGACAUUGUGUGAGUCUCAGCCAUGGGAGGUGUUGCUAGGGCUGCUUCAACAAAGUGAUUGAUUUAACUAUUAAAUAGCAGAGAACUGAUCAGGGAGACUGCAGGGGCAUGAUCUAUACAUCAAACCACUUCAUUAGGCUAAAUCUGUUUUGGUGCUUUGAGUGAGAGCUUUCAACAGUUUGGCAAAGGCCUAAGUAAUGACACAAUGUUUCUGUACUACUAAAAAUUAAUUCCACCUCCUGGUUUGAUUUGGUUACAUCUAUUUAAAGGACAAGAAAAGUGUAUUAGGUUAGGAUAAUGGGAUGCUUAUUUGCCAUGUCUUAAAUAAUUAUUACACUUUAUGACAAAAAAAAAUAAAGGUACAUUCCAAACUCCUUAUGCACUUUAGCUUUCUGAAGUGGUUUGGUGUUAACAGCAUGUCUCCAUUGUCUCAUUUGGUUGGAUUUAUAACCCCAACACUCCAAAGUGAAAGUGAAGGCUUCUCACAGAGGUGUGUUUGUGCUGAGAAGCAUUGAUGGCCUGUCUCCUAAUACUUCUUUAUCAGAAGCAUUGGAUAUGCUAGUAUGGAGCUGACCUGCAGCGAAAAUAUUGUUUUGCUGCUGGAUUGGUGGGAAGUAACUCAGGGGGCUACAUCUAAAAUAAAACAGAACCAUUCAAAAGUUAGAAAUGCAUUUAUUUUUAAUGUAUGAGUAUUCCUUUAACUUUAUAAACUGAAUGAGAUUGAAAUCUAACCAAAUAUGGAUAGGCCUCUGGGACUGCUGCAUACAAACUCCGAUAUCUCCGAACCCAGAGCUGGGAUCUGCCCGGUAUUUUUUUCCCCCUAUUUGUUGGUGCGCCGAAAUUGCUGCAAAAGGGCCAGAGAGUGGGGUUUCUUAAUCUGCCCGUUAUAAUGGAAUAUAAGCAAUGUGCAGCUUUCUUGUUUAGGCUGGCUCUGCCCCUGUCAUAUCCUGUUCUGCGGAGAUGUCUGGCCUUUGCUUCUGGUAUCCAGUACUCUUUUUACAAUUCUUGUUUAGUUUUCCUUGUUUUUUUCUGGUUUUCUAUUCCAUGUCAGGUUUUCUUUAUGCUGGGUUUUCUGGGUUCAUUCAUGUAUUCCGUUCUUGGAAUUCCCAGUCUCUUGGAUUCCUUUAAAUGUUUGGUUUUUGUUGCCACACCCGUUCCUUUUCCAUGAAUCCUUUUGUUUCAGUUCGUUCCUGCAGGCAGUUGCUACAAGUCCUCUGCCUUUUUCUUGCAGGUAAGUGCUGUGUGUGUUUUAUUACUGUUUAUUUAGUCAUGCAUAUCUAGGCAGGUAGGAACCCACCGUAAUUUGAGUACUUUGCCGCAGUUGGUGGACUGCAUACAUCUUGGCCAUUUAUGUAUGUCUAAAUCUCCAAUCUUUUACAUAUAUAGUACUUAGUUUUGUCUCCUCUUGUUUUGCCUUGCAUCUCUGGUCUUGUUUUAUUUUGUCUUGUAUUCCCAGUUCAUGUACAGUCCUGUCCUGCCCUGUUCAUGUUUCCCUCAUGUCUUGUGUACAUGUUCCCGGUUCUGUUUUCUGUCCUGCUCCGGUUUUGGUUUCGUCUAGUCUUGUCUUGUUUUCUUGUUUGGUGUCUAUUCUAGUAUUGCCUUGUUUCUGUACUGGAUACAUAUCUGCUACAGAGCCUCCCUAUCCAGUUCCUGGGAGGUCUGCAUAUCAUUUAGCUCUUGAGAUCCGCAGAAUCUGCAUCAGGGCCCUGGUAUGUGGCCGCACAAACACUGGUGCUCAACACCAGGGGGCGUGUGGUUACCCUGCACCAGGCCCUGAUAGUCCAUUACUACGCUGAGACUCCCACCAUCAGGCGCUCAGGGGUCCCGGUCUCCGUACCGCCACCCGUGACAGCCCCCUCACCAUAAAAUGUUUCUUGUUUUUUUGUGGACUGUCCUUGGUGCAUCAACUGCUUUGUUUAAGUGACGGUUACCAAUAACAAAUAAAAACAUUUUUAGCAAACCUGUAAUUUCUGGGAAAAAUGGUUAUCCAAUAGAGACUAUUCAUCUAGUCUAUAAAACUAAUUAUGUCAUUUUUUCAAUGCUAGAUAUUCAGUACUGAGUUUGCAAUAUUAGGGAGGCUCCAGAAUUAUUUGUACAGGUGCAUAAAUAAGUGUUUCUACUUGUCGUAUAAAUUUCUACUAUGACUACAAAGUUAUACAAAGGGCAUGAUUGCCAUAUAUGUUGUAAAAUUUAGUUUAGAAGUAUAAAAAUAUAAUGAGAGUUAUAAAACAUUUAUACGUGAAUCCUGUACUCUUUCUAGGGUGAUAUAGAAGAUUCUUGGAAAUUAUGUUAAUAUUGCCAAAUAAAUUGGUCAAGUGCCCUUUGCAAAUGGGCUAAGUCCAUUUUAUUCACUACUACUGGGAGCGCUUGGAAGAGAAAAAGUAUUCUGGGCAAAAUGUAUUCAUUUUUAUAGUAUAAAUCCUGCCUAAUUGCCUGUCCUAUUUAUUUGUCCAUUUGUCUUGGUCAUUUAUCAGUAUCCUAAUCAAGGUGGAAGAGUUUUCCUGGUAUAAUCUAUUUGGAUCAGCUGUCAAGGUGAUUCCCAAAUCUUUAAUGGAGCUCUGCAUUAUUUCAAAUUAUAGGUAGACACUAUGUAUGUCAUGUCAGCAGUGGACAAGUUGAAAGGCAUUGCUAUCAAUUUAUCUAAAUUUAUUUUAAACUCCGAAAAAUAAGAGUGGACAGUGGACAAGGGACAUCCCUGCCUCGUACCACUACUUUGCAAGAAUGGCUCCAAUCUUGCCCAUGGCACUAGUGUCUGUAGGUGCUGUAUAUGCAGUAGGUAACUCUCCCUUCAUCAGGUUGGUAAACAGUGAAUCCAAAUGAGGGAUCAGUUCGUCCAUAAAUACUUGAUACUAGCUCCCAUCAAAACCAUAUGGUCCGGGUGCCUUGCUUCAUUUUAGGGAUGAUAUUGCUAUAUUAAUCUCUUCUUUAGUGAUCAGAUUGCCUAGUGAGUGCAAAAGGUCCCUCCAGUGUCUCGGCACAGUGGAUUUCAAUAUAAAUGAUUCAACAGCUUCCAUGUACUGAGCGUUAGCCUUAUACAAUUACUCCCUGCAGUUAAAAUGUUCUGAGUAAACUUUUUACAGCCACAUUUUGGCAAGUUAUCAAUGGCCUAUUGUGUUUUGUGAAAACAUAUUUUUGUUUUAUUUGUUUAUGUUGAGGAAAACAUAAGAUUGUGAAUGUACCUGAUUGAACAUCUCUUUUGUCAUUGUUGAUGACCCAUGCCUGCUUCUAUGCUGUUGAUAUUAUGUUGAUAUUCACAAUAAAAAUUGUUUUGAAAAUGUUCUGAGUAAUAGUUGUAAACUUUAUUGAUUUCUUGUGGUGAAUUGACUAAUUAACCUUCAUGGUUUUUUUAUUGUUGUGAUCAGUUUUGAAAGUUGUCUAGACCUCAGCGCUCUAGCAAGAAGUGUCUACGUUUUAUUAGCCUUCUCAUAGAAAAGUACUUUUGAGCAAAUAAAUUCUCUUGCAACCUCAUUUAAAGUUCCUCUUUUAUGAAAUGUCUCAAUGCUCUAAAUUAUAUAGCAAUUUGUAUAAUGAGCCCACAAGAGACUGUGCAGUUUCCUUGCAUUAUGGCCUUUUCCAAUUAUGUAAGAUACUCCUGACCCUGUAGUGUUAAAACCACCAUUAAGGUGGUUUGCUCCGACCCCCAACCUCCCCUUAAAAGGUAAUAAAAAGCAUUGGAUUGACUGAGAUCAUUAAGGAGGUGGGGUGGGACCAGACACCGGCUUGGGCAAUCAGCAUCUCCUCAUAGAGAUACAGUGAAUCAAUGCAUUUCUAUGGGGAAAGUCCAACGUCUCCAUGCAAAGCGUGAAGACCCUGAACGUCAUAGCUGCACGCUUAGGAAAAGUUAUUCAAAAUAAAUUAAUUUAGGUGUCUUCCUUUAUAGAGCACAUAAUAUGUAUACAAUUUUUUUUUUUUUUUAAAGUUACAGGUCACAAAAUACAAGGAAUAAAAUAAAAUGUCAAUGUGAAACUAUUUUAGAAGUUGGUAUGUUUGUAUUGUAAGUUUAGUAGCCAUCACAAAAAAACAAAAUUGCACCACCAAAGUGUAUAUUUAUAUAAAUUAGACAUCACAGGCUAUUUACCUAAGGUUAUUUUGACACUUUUUACGUAGCCAUUUCAUUGCCGAUUUCUGCUAAAGAUUGUAGAAAAUAUUAUUUUUUUCUCUAUUUUGGCAUGUACACAUAUAACAAGUCUUUUUUUAAUGUGUAUUUAGUAAAGCUGGUGUGGGCUACUUCUGUACAGAGCCCCAUAUUGUGUUCAGCUACAUCUGCGGAGUACAACAAAACCCACAUUGCAGGGCCAGAUUAAGAGCCCAGUGAGCCUGGUGCUGACAAUUAUGAUGGGCCUAAUUACAAAUCUUAUUGACCAAAAACAUUAAAACAUUCCUACCUCCCAAGCGUCAUGUAUCUGAUGGAGAUGGUGCUGGAGGGAAACUCAUAGGAUGUAGCUAUGAGAAAGCACAUACCCUAUGCUAAUCUCACGCUUUCAUCUUUUAAGUAAAUGCAUACCCCCUAACAGCAUUGUCCAGUGAAGCAGGAAGUCUAUCGACGGGAUAAAAGGGUGUGCCACUGACCCAAAUCACAUAAACAAAACUGCUGAAAUGGGAGAACAUACCCCAAAAAGGGGCAUGUCUGUGUCCCCAUGUCUUCCAGUAUCCCUUAGUGUCUGUGUCCCCAUGUAUUCCAGUGUCACUAGGACACUAGGGGACACUGAGAGACAUUGGGACACUGGGAGACAUGGGGAGACUGAGAUACUAUGGAACACUGGCACAAUGGAGACUUGGGGACUGGGGGACACUGGAGACUUGAUAAAGACCUGGAUACAGGUCAAAACAUUACAGUGUCCAAUAAACCUGCUUAAAUCUAUCAUAGUGAGUGCCUGAUAUUUUUUUAUUUUAUACUAUGAGACACUUGGGUGCACUGGGGGACAUUGGGAUACUAGUGGACUCUGGGACGCUACGGACACUGAGAUACAUAGGGGGACACUCACUGGGAGAUGUGGGGACACUCACUGGGAAACAUGGGGACACUGAGACACUAGGGGACUCUGAGAGGCUAGUACACACUAAGAUACUAGGGACACUGGCACACUACGGACACUGAGAGACACCGGGGACACUGGAAGAAAUUCGGACACUGAGAUACUAGGGACACUGGCUGGGAGACAUGGGGACACUGGAAGUGAACUGAACUGGAAUUCAGCGUCACACUAAAUACCCCCCAUAGAGAUGAAUUGAUUAAAUGCAUCUCUAUGAGGAGAUGCUGAUUGGUGCAGUGCAGAGUGUGUGCAUUAGCCUCCCAAUGCUUUCCUAUGAGAAAGCAUUGGAUUGACUGAGAUUGUCAAUUCUGACAGAGUCAUAUACAUUUUAACCCUUUUAAAUGGGAUAAGUGGGGCAGUCACCCAAUGUGUUUUUAACAAUUUGGGGGUCAGGAAUACACAUUUGUACCCUAUAGUGUUCUAAGUUUUUCUAAAAAUAUGAAAAUGCAGUGUACAGGUAUCUGUAGGCACUGCUACUCAAAGCCAGUUGAGGCAGACCUUGUAUUGUGGGCACAGUAAAGUUCAAUGUGGGGGAAAAAAAGACAGGGCCAGUCUUAAUGUAGGCAUGGCCCCUGACAUAUGGACAAAGUUGGAAAUAAUUGGGAAAAAUAAAUUUAACACAACCACAACAGUAAUGUUAUGUACAUCAUUGUAGUUUUUUUUACAUAAAAAAAAAGAAGAAGUUAACAGCAUAUUUAAUAAAUUUUUAUAAUAAACAUCAUUUACCACAAAAUUUAGCAAGGACUCUAUAGUAACUCACCCUCUUGUCAUGAUUGGUUGAGACUCACUUGGUCCGUACCAAACUGUCAGCAUCCCCUUGCACCCUUGCCCUUCCUUUAUAUUUCUGUAUUUUCUGAACAAGGCUUCCCAAGUUAAUGUCCAUAAAUAUAAUGCAUACCGUUCUAACACUUAAUAUUAAAGAAGUGGUCCCUAGAGUGUGCCAGCACUCCUUUAGGGGUUGCCAGGCAGAUAGUGCUAAAGGGAGACAUGAAGGAGUGUACAGUCUGCACUUCUAAUAGUUACAGAUUACGGUCCGUGAUUCUCUGCAAACCAAUUCUUCUGAGUGGAUCAGAACACUGUAACAGGGUUACCCUGUCAUUAGUAUGAUUCAUCCAGGCUGUUCCAGACCAUUGUGAGCUCUUACAGCGAUCUGCAACUGCAUCCCAGGCGACCACACAGAAUUAACUAGCAGGGAGUGAGUGAUCUAAGGGGGGGAAGGCGAGGUAAAAACUUUUUUGGGAGGGAUGGCACAUAACUUUCUCAUUCACAAAACACCAGAAUCAGUCUCUCCUUCCACACAAUACUGUAUAUUCCGUCUACACACAUCACAGACACCCUUCAAACAUAAUCGGCACCAUUAACUUGUGUGGGAAUAUGUAUCUGUCUGUAUGAGGGACGUUUGUGUAUCUGUGUCUGACAUGUCUAUGUGUGUAUCUGGGCAUGUGUGCCCAUAUGUAUGUGAUGAUUUUGAUUGAACCUAUGUCUCUAUGCAUGUUUUUUUUUUAUCUGAGCGUGUGCUUGACUAUUACCUAAAAUUGUGCCUACUAGUGUAUAUACCUGUAUAUAUAUCUGUGUGGCUGUAUUUUUGCGAGUGUUUACUGGUGAUGCAACACCUGUGUACGGAGCAAGUGAUACAAUUUCAUCUUCCUGAAGGUCCUCUUCAGCUACUGGCACUUCACCUUAAUACCCUGUGCAAGAGUAAAACACCAAAGUGUAUGCAGGUUACCACAAGACCACGGGAUCCUCCCUAGACAGAGCCUUUCCCCCCUCAGUCGCUAAUAGUGACGGCUGAGGGUUUGACAAAAGGUAGCACUGCCUUUUAGUCGAGUAUAAGAAAAAUACUAAAACAUCUCAGUAUAUCUAUUGACUGGGCUAGAAUUUCAGUCAAUUUCCAACACAGUCAACGUGAGUAUGUCAAAAAGACUCUGCCUUUAUGAAAUACUAAUUUUGCAUGGGACGGUAACAGUGCUGCUUUAAAUGCCAUUGGGAUGUGUUAUUAAUUUAGGUGCCAGGGAUGGGGAAUAAGAUACAGCAAUAAAAUUCACAUUACUUGCAGUCUGCUAGACUGUCUCACUAAGCUUCCUGUAAUACAGUAGUGUGCUGUGUGUACGAGUGAAUUUCAGAGCUCCAUUGCAAUACUAAGUAUAUCACAGAGCAUCACUGCGAUAGUGCUCACAGGAAUAUAUCAAGGAGCCUCACAGUAAUGAGCUGUACAGUUAUCUGAGCCAUUAAUAAGAUGCACCACCAUCCAAUCUGGCAGCAUGGCAUAAAAGGUGAGGCUUUAAAUCUGACCCUUCAAUGGUGAUAAAGUAAGAAAAAAUAGCCAUAGAGUAAUGAAAAACAGUGACAGGCAAAAGUAGCAGAGGUGUUAGGAAGGGGGAGGAAACAAUAGGUGGAAGCAUGUAGUGGGAGGGAAAAAGAACAUGGGAGAAAAUUCCAGAGAGCACAGACAAAAGGUGGAGACGGUAAUAGAAAAGGGAGGAAGGUAGCAUAUAAGAAAGAUGGGGGAGAAAAACUAAAAGUCUUAAUAUAAAAGAGGAGGAAAAAAAAGAAAAGGGGAACAUUUUCUGGAGAGAGGGCACGGAAGAUGGGUGGAGAGAGAAAUGGAGUAGAUGAGGGAGUUAUCGUGGAGGAGAGGCAGGAAAGGGGUAAGAACAACAAUGGGAAAACAUGCUGGAGGAUGGAAUACAAUGGUGGGGAGGAGGAAAGACAUAUAGCCUCAGUUUUUAGGUGGUAAAAUGUCUCUGAAACUAUAUGUUCCAACUCUUUCGCUAAUCAGUAGUCCUGUUACAAACCUUUAUAAAGUUACUCUUCCAUUCACAUUUUAUGAUUAUGUGGUUUAGCUGCUAGUUGACUUGUAGCAGUGCUUCCUACUCUCCUGAACUCCAGUUGUGACUCGCUUGCUGUUCUACUUCCUGCAUUCUCCAGCCUGGACCCCUGGCUUCUUUGUUUAUCGAGUUGUUACUACUGCAUAGCUCAAGCUAAACUUGGUUAAUGUAGAUCAUGUUUGCUACAUACACAGACCUAUAGCCUGAUUAACAUUUAUGUUUUGCCACGUGGCUUAUAUUUGAUUAUCAAUACCUCUCCACUCUUAACCCUGGGUUACUGGAUUUCAAUAUUUCCUUUCUGAGUUAUAGUGUAUAAUGUGAGGCCAGUUAAAUCAUCAGGUAUUGGGACCUGAUGGGGAACCAUUUUGAAGACAAAAAACCUGUAUCCUUGACCUGUGGAUCCAUUCUUUUGCCUGAUGGACUAGCCAUCCUGAACUGAAUGAUGCUCCAGCCGGUUAUUCCAAGUAGCGUAGCCCUCAUCUUGGGAUUCUUUACUUGGCUUGUGUAUAGACAUAUAUUGCUCCAGAAUGCCUGGUUGGGACAAUUGGAGGAACCUCAGUGCUGCUGCCUCUACAUCAAUGGAAGAGGUUUGAUCUAGUUCCACAAAUGAAUCCUGAUUGGCAAAUAUACCCGGAUCCUCUACAUGGACUUCCAAGCAAGGUUCCUGAAUAUAAGUUGACACAACUUCAGACGCUGUAAUUGGCUGCAGUGUUUGUAAAGAAGAUCUGCCUUCAGAUAAGUUUAGUUCCACAUGAAUGCUUGGAGGCCCAGUUACUGUUACAGGCUCCACUUUCAUGGAAACAUCAGCAUCAUUGAUGAUUGGUGUUAUUUUGGAGAUGCAAGGUUCAUCAUCACAAAGAAGAGGCCUACACCUAAUAGUAUCACUCCCUUCUUCUUGCUCCGUUUCACUUUCAUCUUCUUUGGCUAGGUUUGGUAAACACUCUUCAUUAAACCAAUUCAAAUGCUUUUCCUGCCAGGCCUGGCACCUCUUCAAAGCUUUUCUCAGGUUUUCAUAACCUUUAGCCCCUUCCUGUGGAACGUCAUACUGUGCUCUGGGACAAUGUCUCUCCUUCCUCUGUAUACGAAAGAAGAUAUCCUGCAGAUCCCUUACGAGAUUAUACUUGAGGCAGCUGUUGAAUAAUGAAGGGAUGUCCUGUAAAUCACUCAGUUCCUCAAAAUAUGCUAUGAUAUAUUGUUCAUUAUGCAAACCAUUCUGGAAAUCAGCGCUGAUAAUGGUGAUAGCUGGUGUAAAGAGAUCCUUUAACUCUCUGUCCUCUCUCAGAGUUACUCUUUGUUUAUCUGUAGUCAGCCUGGCAUUCCACUUUUCUCGUGUUCCACGCGAACAAAGAACCAGGAUGGAACCAUCUGAGUCCUCAAUCAUCUUCUUCUGAUGACACAGCCAGGUCAUAUGGCCUUCCUCUGCAAUUUCACCUUCAUGUAGACGGUCUACUAUCACUUCCAUGCCCCAUGCCCCCCUUAAAAAAUCUGCAAAUUUUAUUACCACAUUCACAUAGCGAGUGUGAUCAGCGGAGUAAAUUAGCCAAACUUUCUUAAUGUGGGGAAGAGGAGGAGGAGGAGUGGGAGGAGGAGGAAGAGGGGGAGGAG